AACGUGGUCCAAAACCAUUCCUGGCAAGGUUGAAUUCUUCUCCAGCGAGGGUUCGGACACCUCUAUUCCCAUCCCCGUCGUGCCGCUUCCAGGUGUAGAUGACACUUAUCCACCGCAGAAGAAGUCUUUCAUGAUGCUCAAAUACAUGCAUGACCACUACUUGGACAAAUACGAAUGGUUUAUGAGAGCUGAUGACGAUGUUUACAUCAAAGGGGACAAACUGGAGAACUUCCUCAGGAGUUUGAACAGCAGCGAGCCCCUCUUUCUUGGGCAGACUGGCCUCGGCACCACGGAGGAGAUGGGGAAGCUGGCUCUGGAACCGGGUGAGAACUUCUGCAUGGGGGGACCAGGAGUGAUCAUGAGCCGGGAAGUCCUGCGGAGAAUGGUGCCCCACAUUGGCGAGUGCCUGCGAGAGUUGUACACCACCCAUGAGGACGUGGAAGUGGGAAGAUGCGUACGGAGGUUUGCAGGAGUGCAGUGUGUGUGGUCCUACGAGAUGCAGCAGCUGUUUUAUGAAAAUUAUGAGCAGAACAAAAAAGGCUAUAUCCGAGACCUGAGGAACAGCAAAAUACACAGAGCUAUAACGCUGCACCCCAAUAAGAACCCCCCGUACCAGUACAGACUUCACAGCUACAUGUUGAGCCGCAAGAUAGCAGAGCUGCGCCACCGGACUGUACAGCUGCACCGGGAAAUUGUCCUGAUGAGCAAAUACAGCAAUACAGAAAUCAACAAAGAUGACCUGCAGCUGGGGAUGCCGCCCUCCUUCAUGCGAUUCCAGCCCCGCCACCGGGAAGAAAUCUUGGAGUGGGAAUUUCUUACAGGGAAGUAUUUGUAUUCGGGUGCCGACGGGCAGCCCCCUCGGAGAGGAAUGGACUCCUCUCAGCGUGAAGCGUUGGAUGACAUUGUUAUGCAGGUCAUGGAAAUGAUCAACGCCAACGCCAAGACCCGGGGGAGGAUCAUAGAUUUCAAGGAAAUACAGUAUGGCUAUCGCAGAGUAAAUCCGAUGUAUGGAGCAGAGUAUGUUCUUGACUUGUUGCUUCUGUACAAAAAGCAUAAGGGGAAGAAGAUGACCGUCCCCGUCAGGAGGCACGCAUACCUGCAGCAGACGUUCAGCAAGAUCCAGUUUAUGGAGCACGAAGAGAUGGACGCCAAAGAGCUGGCCAGCAAAAUCAACCAGGAUUCUGGAUCCCUGUCUUUCCUCUCCAACUCACUGAAGAUGUUUGUUCCCUUCCAGCUCAGCCGAUCAAAAGUAGAGAGGAAGGAACUCAAAGACAAGAAGAUCAACAUCCUGAUUCCUCUUUCCGGACGUUUUGACAUGUUCGCAAGGUUCAUGGGGAAUUUCGAAAAGACAUGCCUCAUUCCAAACCAGAACGUCAAGCUGGUUGUCCUGCUUUUCAAUUCCAACUCCAACCCUGACAAAGUGAAGCAGAUCGAGCUGAUGAGAGAUUACCGCUCCAAAUACCCCAAAGCUGACAUGCAGGUUUUACCGGUGUCGGGGGAAUUCUCGAGGGCACUGGCUCUGGAAGUCGGAUCUUCUCAGUUCCAGAAUGAGUCUUUGCUUUUCUUCUGUGAUGUUGACUUAGUGUUUACCACAGAAUUCCUCCAGCGGUGUAGAACCAAUACGGUUUUGGGUCAACAAGUAUACUUUCCCAUCAUUUUUAGCCAGUAUGAUCCAAAAAUUGUUUAUAGUGGAAAAGUUCCUAGUGACAAUCAUUUUGCCUUCACCCAGAAAACAGGUUUCUGGAGGAACUAUGGCUUUGGUAUUACCUGUAUUUACAAAGGUGAUCUUCUUCGAGCAGGCGGCUUUGAUGUCUCCAUCCAAGGUUGGGGCCUUGAAGACGUAGACCUAUUUAACAAAGUCAUUCAAGCUGGCUUAAAAACUUUCCGAAGCCAAGAAAUUGGAGUAGUCCAUGUGCAUCAUCCUGUUUUUUGUGACCCUAACCUUGAUCCAAAACAAUAUAAAAUGUGCUUGGGGUCCAAAGCUUCAACUUAUGGGUCCACACAACAGCUGGCUGAAAUAUGGUUUGAAAAAAAUGACCCAAAUUUUGGGAAAAGCAGCAAUACUAAUGGCUCAGUGAGGACAGCCUAAUGUCCAGCUAUGCUGGAAAAGACUUUUUUUUUAAUUAUCUAAUUUAUUUUUGGGAAAAUGUUUUUUGAUAAUUCACUUUUAAAAGACCACACAGGAUAUAUUUUAGAAAU